UAAUCCGUCUACGUGUGUGUGCGCGCGUAUCCUAUCGAGUUCUCCUGAGCGGUUGUUUUGGCCUGACGGUUCUCCUGGAGCUUUGAGGAGGUUGGAUAGAAAUUAGCAGUUGGCAGGAUACAGAGGCGUCUUGGAAUAUCCGUAACAAAAUAAAAGGUUGUGAAAGAAGCCUGACGCUGUAUCUGUGAUAUGCGUCGUCUAACCUGAGGACGAGUGAGAAUCUGCACGUUCCAUCUUUCUCUUCUCCUCCUCCUCCUCCUUUCUCUGUUUCUCUUUUCUCUACCUCUCUCCUUCCUGCCUGCUCUCUCUCUAUUUUUUCUUCGUUGUUGAGGCAGCGUGACUUCAGACUGAACAGAGCUUCCAGAUACGACAGUUUUCAAGCUGAGCGAGUGAGUGAAAGAAGGAGGAGGAGGAGGUGGAGGAGGAGGAGAGAAGAGAGUGAACCUGAGGGCAGUCCCGCCUUUCCUUACCUUCGAGCUGUGGUAACAGGGGGAGUGGAGAGAGGAGAAAGGAGGGUGAAGCAGAAGGAGCUGGGAGUCUAGCAGGAUCCAGAGCUCGGUGUGUGGACCCAGAGCAGGCUUGAUGCUGUGAGACGAGCACAGAUCAGCUAAACAUCCGGUCCAUUCGCUGAAACAACUCAGAAAGAGAGAGCGAGAGCAAGAGGCGGGGAGGAGUGAAUAUGGGAGUCCUGCUGUGUAGCGUGCUUGUGCUGGCCCUGAUCUGUCAAAAUCAUAGCUACAGUGUCAGAAGCCCUCUGGACACGUACAAACGAUUUGAAGAGACGAUGUGGUCUGAGCUGAACGACUGCUCCCAGGCCAGGCAGCCUUUCGUCCUGUCCAACCCUUACAACUUCUCCUUGGGAAUCCGUAUGCCAGGGGUCAUCCCAACAGUGUCUGAUACUUAUUAUUGUAUGGCUGUUCCUGUGCCCACAUCAAGGGAGGCCUUUAUAGUGGAUUUUGUGCCCCAUGCUUCCAUGGAGACAGCCCACCACAUGCUCUUAUACGGCUGCAGAACCCCCUACUCCACCAAAGGCUACUGGGAUUGUGGGACAGAACAGGGCACCUGUGAGGACGAGGCCAAGAUUAUGUACGCCUGGGCCAGAAAUGCUCCACCUACCAAGCUCCCUAAAGAUGUCGGCUUCAGAGUUGGAGGAGAUAGCAAAAUUACCUACUUUGUGCUGCAAAUCCAUUAUGGUGAUGUCAAAAGCUUCAGAGAUCACCAUAAAGACUGCUCAGGACUUACUCUAAGAAUGACUUCCAAACCACAGCCCUUUUUAGCAGGCAUGUACCUGAUGUUAUCCGUUGACACCGUCAUCCCUCCAGGAAAAACAGUAACCAACGCUGAUAUCGCUUGCUCUUACUUAUCAUACCCGAUGUACCCGUUUGCCUUCAGAACCCACACGCAUCGGCUUGGUAAAGUUGUUAGUGGUUACAGAAUUCGAAACGGACAGUGGACGUUGAUUGGGCGGCAGUCUCCACAGUUACCACAGGCCUUUUAUCCAACCAGCAAUGCCAUUGACGUAAGAUACGGAGACACACUGGCUGCUCGCUGCGUUUUCACAGGAGAGGGAAAGACUUCUAAAACACACAUCGGUGGUACUUCCAACGACGAGAUGUGUAACUUCUACAUCAUGUACUACAUGGACAGCAAGCAUGCUUUGCCUUACAUGGAUUGCAUGGACCACGGCAGCAGCAGUCUUUUCAGAAACAUUCCUGCCGAAGCCAAUGUCCCCAUUGCCAUCACCCCGGACCAAAUGAUGUCUAUGAUGCAUGGCUCAGAGCAUAAAGACGGCGGAGAUGACGCCGCGCUCCAGCAACCAAAGAGGGAGGAGGAGGAGGUUCUGGAUCAGGGUGACUUCUAUUCCCUUCUCUCCAAACUCCUAGGGGAGAGUGAGGACAUUGUCCAUGUGCAUAAGUAUAACCCCACGGAGGCCCACGCGGAUCUGGUGGCCGAAAUCGAUAGCAUAAUGCAAAAGAAAGACCUGGGCUGGCCCAGGCUAGGCUACGCACACAGAGACGGUGCAGUUCUGGUGAGGGACAGAGUGCACAAGUUUCACCAGUUAGAGUCCACUGUCAGGCCUCCGGGAACCAAGACAGUAUCUGCCAGACUGCCAGGCUCAGGAGUGGCAGUGGCCAAAAAUCAAGGAGCCCAUCUGGAGGAGGUGACUGGCUGGCCGGAGGUGGCGCUGCAACUAGGUCAGGUGUCCGGUCUGGCUCUGGACUCUGAUGGGAACCUGGUUAUCUUCCACAGAGGAGAUCACAGAUGGGGAGUCAACUCGUUUGACAAUGAUGCGAUUUACCAGCAGAACUCCCUCGGCCCCAUUCAACAGUCCACCAUCUUGGUGGUGGAUCCAGUCAAAGGCAAUGUGCUCAAGGCCUCAGGGAGAAACAUGUUUUACAUGCCACAUGGUAUCACAACUGAUAAGGACAAUAAUUAUUGGGUGACGGAUGUAGCGCUUCAUCAGGUGCUGAAAAUUAGCAGCGAUGGUAAAGAGAAGCCGCUGCUGGUUCUGGGAGAGGCUUUUGUGCCAGGCUCUGACAAGAACCAUUUCUGCCAGCCUACUGAUGUCGCCGUGGACCCAGACAAUGGCAACAUCUACGUGUCUGACGGCUACUGCAAUACCAGGAUCCUCACAUUCUCACCAGAGGGCAAAUAUCUGUCCCACUGGGGAGCAGGUUCUUUGGAUCGACGGAAGCGUGUGCCUUUCCAGAUCCCCCACAGCCUGGCCUUCGCGGCGGAUAAGCGCGAGCUGCUGGUGGCUGACCGGGAGAACGGGCGUGUGCAGUGCUUCAUGGCCGACACGGGCGAGUUUGUGAAGGAGAUCAAGAAAGAUGAGUUUGGAGGCGAGGUGUUCGCCGUCUCCUACUCACCUGCACAAGGUGGUUUAAUCUACGUGGUGAAUGGAGAAUCAGCAUACGGCCAGUCUGCUCCACUCCGAGGCUUCGUGCUCAAUUAUUCAACCAAGGAGAUCCUGGAUAUGUUUGCGCCAGACACACAGAAAUUCAAAAUGCCUCACGACAUUGUUGUUGUGAAAGAUGGAAGUGUCUUUGUUGGGGAUGCCGCCUCAGACUCGGUUAUAAAGUUUGUCCCAUCGGAAAAAGCAGAGCACCGUUCUGUUAAAAAGGGAGGAAUCGAGGUGCAGGAAAUUGAAGAAUCCGAGACGUUCGUCCAGGCCAAAUUGAAGCCGAUCCACAAGCAGAUGGUCCACACCCCUGAAGCAGCCGUACAGAAACUAACCACGACUAAAGAGAAGGAGGCAGCGCCAGCUCAACAGGCCAAAGCUCCGGAGGAGAUGGUGAAAGAAAAGGAGAAUGAGAAGAAGAGUGAUACAAAUCAGGGUCUGUCUCCUGCAGUCCUCACCACUCUGCUCCUGCUUCUUCCUCUGGUGCUGGUCAUCACCAUCGGCGUCUUCAUCCGCUGGAAGAAGGGCAGGAUGUAUGGAGAUGGCCAUGAGGUGAAGCUGGAACCAUCAGGAUCAUCAGGAGGAAUCUUGGGUAAACUCAGAGGCAAAGCUGCAGGGACAUUAAACUUGGGCAAUUUCUUUGCAACCCACAAAGGCUACACACGGCAGGGCUUUGACCGCCUCAGCACGGAGGGCAGCGACCUGGAGAAGGAUGACGAGGACGCCACUGACUCGGAGAACGAGGAAUACUCUGCUCCGCCUCCCCCCGUUUCCUCGUCCUAAUGAUCCGGCCCAGGCUCCGCCCCUCCGUCUGUGCUCGAACCCUUACAAUGUACUGCAAUCCUAUAUGUAACUAUACGCAUUGGCUGCCAAUAUAUUUAAUUUAUUUGUGCAGAAACCUUUUUUUUUCCUCAAUAGAAAAUAUGACUGUCAUUUUUAUUUAUGAUUUUAGAGGAGCAAACACAUAGAGGAGCAAACACUGGUAGUUUUAGGGAUAUAGCUAUAUGCUUAUUUUUAAUGGAAGACAAGAAGGAGGUUGUUUUCAUUUUAAUUUGACAGACGUAUGCCGAUAAUUUAUCUUGAUAAAACUUGAUAGUUUUUAUUUUUUGUUUUGUUUUUCUUUACGUUUUCAGGUAACUUGUCCAGAUGUUUGUUUUAUCUCUAAUUUGUACAUUUGUGCCUUUUUGAUUAUGUAUUUCGCCUUCUGCAGCACCUAUAUUACUACAGAUGUGCCACUUUCUUCAAAGCGCUGCUAUUGUCACCUGUAUUUUGAUUUCUGUCGUGCCGCAUUAAAUGAAAAUUAAAAAAAAAAAAUAGAGGAUUAUUAAGAUGUAUCUAAAGCUGUAUUUACAACAUUUUCCAAGCAGGAUGUGAGAUGUGUCUGAUAUUUGUUGUGACAUACUGAGGUUUUAUUGCAAGAAUUACUAUUUUCAGUAACAAUGUUAUUUGUGUAAUAAAGUGUCUGCAAAGCA